AUGACAACGCUCUCGUUAUUGUCGUCAUCAUCAUCAUCAUCAUCCAUAGUGCUUGCAAGCGAUCCCGCACGUGUUCAAGCAGUAGAAGAAGAAGAUGCUGAUUAUGAAGAGCUUAUUCCACCUGAGAACUUUUCCAUGAUUGAAAAAGGGCUUUACAGAAGUGGAUUUCCAAAGAAAAAAAACUUUGCUUUCCUGAAAAAGUCGCUGCAGCUCAAGUCCAUACUUACUCUAGUACUAGAGGACUAUCCACUUGCUAAUACAGAGUAUAAUCGAAUGCACGGUAUCAAGCUCCUGCAGUUUGGCGUCCCGGGCAAUAAGGAGCCUUUUGUAGACAUACCUGAAGAUGGUAUUGUAGCAGCAUUAAAAGCUGUGCUAGACAGGCGCAACCACCCUAUGCUCAUUCAUUGCAACAAGGGAAAACAUCGCACUGGUUGCCUCGUCGGCUCACUGCGUAAGGUGCAGCGCUGGGCUUUUAGCUCAAUUUUUGAUGAAUACAUCCGUUUCUCGGCUCCAAAACCUCGAAUGAUGGAUCAACAGUUUAUCGAAUUAUUUAAAACCGAACGCGUUACGGAAGAAGAAAGCCUGGCAAAGCACCUGCCAAACUGGCCUGGCCUAUAG